CGCUCUUCAUUCUGCCCGGUUCCGUGGCCUUUAGUCACCGAGGCGGACCGACCGGGCGAACAGGCAAGAAGUUCCGCGUGUGCCAAGUGGCUAGGAGCUUGAAUGCGACCAGGAGAAUGCGGCCCGGAACGAGAUGUUCGAGACUCGGUUCGCUGAUAAUAGUUCUACUGCUAGCGGCCUGCAUAAUAGAAGACACCGCCGGUACUUGGAACAGGCGGGAGGACAAGACCAAAUGCCCGAAAGUGAAGGCCAUUAGGAAUUUUGACAUAUCCGAGUUCCUCGGAUCAUGGUACAUAGUGCAGUAUUAUGCGAGCUCGGAGGAAGCGCUCGCAUACAGAUGCAUGCGAGCCGAACUUUCAAUCUCGCCCGAAAACACCGAAGUCACCAUGAAUUUCACUUACAGUUUCACCGACGAUCCAAUCAAUGAAAAACUAGUCGGUAACAUCACCUGGAAGAUUCCUUCGACCGAGUUACCUGCUCACUGGGUACAUGCCGAGUAUCCAUAUGAAGGAGUGUAUAAUACCUAUGUGUUGGACUCGGAUUACAAGUCGUGGUCAUUGCUGAUGCAUUGCGCGGAGCAAAGUAAAACUCCUCGAUAUUUAUCAAGCUUCAUCAUGAGCAGGCGGCCAAGCCUCGAAAUCAACGUUAUAUCCUACCUCCGCGAGAAGUUGCCCAGGUACGAUAUCGAUUUGGAGUACAUGUUUCCGAUGGACCAGCAAGAGUGCAACAAAACCAGCACUUCGGAAAUGGAUUUACUGAUUCCGCCAUCGUUGAUAUCCAGAAAACACUUCACCGAGCGAAAGCAUCCACUCAAAAAGAAACAUCGACGCUUUUGAGCGUAAUGAUUAUUUGGAGUAGGCGCAAUAUUGCACGAGCAUUGUUUGUACCGUUACAAACCUUUCGCUGCCGUUGUAAUGCUGCGGAAAUGGGCAAAUUUAUUAUCCGAUCGAACAGUUCCAAGUGACGUGUAAACGACGAGAACUUGACUGCUAAUAUUUUAUUCACCAAAUAUGAAAAUUUCAAUGAUUAAAUAUUUCGAAACAAGUGCACACGAAGAUGAAGCCUUUAGUUCAUUGUUUCCAUUGAGCGAAAGUCAUUUACACUGAAUUUUGCAAUGAAAACAGUCAUUUCCAGAAGAUUUCCGAAUUGCAUUCAUAAAUAUCAGUUAUCUUGAUAAUAAAGAACUGAAAAUCACUGCCGAGAAAGAAAAUUGUUUACGUCAAAUACAUGGUAAUUGACCGUUGAAAGCCAAGAAAUUAUAUUACUGAUGACGAUGCAUUAUGUUCGUAAUGUAAUAUGAAUAUUUAAUCGAAUGUAUAGAGGAUAUUGUAAUAACACGGCAUACCGAAUUACGUGACCCAUUUGAAGAUUUGGAUUUAAUUAUCUCCUAAAAUAUAUAGAUUGCUUCUAAAAAUGUUCUAACUGAAACUUACUCUAUUUCGAGGGGGGCAUCUUAUAAUAGUCACAUAUUCUCUCUACGUGGAUGUACUUUAGAGAUUUGAAGGUGAUCUUGACUUUUUUUAAUGGAACUGUAUGUUUUCUUCUAGAUAAGCUUAUAGUCUAUUCCAAGACGAAUUCAUUGACUCGUAAUACUUUGGUUCUGCAAGGUCGUCAAGUUUAUUUAAUGCCAUUCAAAACUUAUCUUCGUUAAACGUCCCCAAAAUUUAUCUAGUCCGAAUACUUCUUUGAGUUGUACGUAAAUAUCACGCGAACUCGUAAUGAUAAUAAGUUUUGUUACCAAAUAAGUAAGGUUGAUAAAGGCAAAGUGUUAUAGAUCAAUGAAUUCGCCUUGGAAUGGACUGCAAACUUAUUUAGAAAAAAAAACAUACAGUUUCAUUUAAACAAAUCAAGAUCACCUUCAAAUCUCAGAGGCAUAUACAUUUAGAAAGCAUUUAUGACUAUCAUAAGAAGUACCCAUCAAAACAAGGUAAGUUUGAUUCAGAACAUUUUUAAAAGCAAUCUAUAGUUUAGAAGAUAAUUAAGUUCAAAUCUUGAAAUAGGUCACCCUGUAUAUUCAUAACAUUCAAAUUUUAAGAAUUGAUCGAGUACUAGUCCAUUAAUAUGCAAAGUACCUAGAGUUCUUGAGCUUCAAAAGUAUGAUUCAAGCUUGUGCUUAUGGUAUCAACUUUAUGUGUAUAAACCGGCUUGUUCCUUAACAUGUGAUCAAUUUAGGUACUUACAUAUAAGAAUGUAUACAUACGAUAUAAGAUAUACAUAUAUUGUACUUUAUAUGGCUGUAAAAUAUGAAACUACAAAUAAAGUAGUAAAUGUAAUAAUAAUAUAAUACUGAUAUGAUUUUAUCAUAUACAUAAACAUGUAAUCGUAUAACACUAAUUGAUUAUAGAAAUAUUAUAUUAUAAUGAAUAUUAUAUAAGAUUUUGUAAAUGGAUUUAAAGUAAUUUUAUGAACUGUAGUUGGGAAAAUAUUACUUCGACUAUAUUUCUUCUGUAAAAUCACUACUAAAAUUCAUCACAUAUUGAUACUAAUCUUAACAUAUUAGGCGAUAAUACUUUCAUGUCUCUAAUACCAGAAGACAAUUAAAAUAAGGAAAUUUCAAACAGUUUCCAUAGAUUUCUGUUCUUAAAACAAGUGUAAACGAGAAUAAAUUGUUCUUCGAGAUAAAUAAAAAAAAUACAAAAAUAGAAUUUGAAA